AUGGAGCACGUGGGGCGCGGUCGUUCGAUACAGCGGAGGCUGCGCGUUGAGCUGAAGCCCGGAACUUUCAGCCCGCCAGUUAUCUCUGAGCCAUCCUACCCCUCACGCUUCCACUUGUUUCACUACAAGCAGAAACAUCUCGACAACAGACGGAGGUCUCGCAUGGCUGGCCGCCUCAUCUCGUGCCAGUUACGCAAGAUCCAUCCCGCUACUAUAAUACUAUUGCCCGUUGCA